CGUCAUCAACAGAGACGAAUCCUCUCGUCUUUCUCUACGUCGUCUUUUGUCCAGUGUCAGACUGAGUGGGACUCGAACCAGCAGCCUUGACCGCCUCUGCUCACGGCCCCGCCCCUCCGUCUCUGAGCCCACCUACUCGUGUCCCGGAAAGACCUCUGGAGUACCGAAGAAAAUGCCGUCUGUCCCACCGCUCAACGUGGGGACAUCCUUCCUGCAAUUGAGGAAGUCAUUAUCAGUUGAGAGUUUUGGUUUGGAGCAGAAGAAGACAGAUCGUUCAGCUGACUACAGACCAGCUGCUGACCAGUUCCUGCAGCGUUGUCUCAGUAUCGAGGACGUUGGACGUCCCUCGUCAGUCCGAUCUGUUGGUCGGGUUCUUCAGGUUUGUUCUGACGGAACGUUUCUGCUGGAGGUCAGUCAACCGAAGAACCGAAUCUACGGAUUCAUCAUCAGCAGAGGACGAGGACGACCCGACUCUGGCGUGUAUGUGGAGGACAUGGUGGACAGCAGCACUGAGAAGUUGUACGCCGGCCUGCUGGCGGUCGGAGACGAGAUCCUGGAGGUGAACGGGGAGAAGGUGGCCUGUCUCAGUCUAGACCAGGUGACUCACCUGCUGACCCAGAACACCUCAGCCACCAUACGGACGCUCCGACAUCGGCCAACGACCAGAGGACACCUGCCACCACCUGAUCACCUGACCACAUGAUCACCUGACCACAUGAUCACCUGACCACCUGGUCACCUGACCACAUGAUCACCUGACCACAUGAUCAGUCUCAGGUGGAUGCUAACAGAUUACAGCAAUAUCAAUGAGUAAGGAUUGCAAACAUAUUUGGACUUUAGGACCUGUUUUUUUUCACCAGGCCGAGACGUUUUGUUUUUCUCACCUGGCUGAAUCGUUUUGUUUUUCUGACUCGUGUCAGUGAAACACAGUAAACUCGGGGGUGAUGCCACCUCCCGCUCCGGCCUUUGACAGCGUCAGACAGUCGUGGAAAGUUCAGGACUUCAUGAACAGAAAGUUCUUCUGCUUCUGAGGAUGUUGGACAGAUUUAAACUAAAAAUCACAGAGGAGUAGUCACAGUUGUCCUUUGUCCCUCUGCAGUGUAUGUGUCUCUGUACAGUUCACGUCUAUUUUUAUAUGUUGGUUUUAUAUUUUGUGAAAAAUUAAGAAACAAUAAAGCUUUGUGUCCCCUGUUAAAUCCGAGGUGGAAACGAUGAGACAAACUACAAAUAAAGAUUUUUUUCUGUC